AUGGACUAUGCCCGAACGCUCCCUGAUAGUUCAGCAGCUAGCAGCGUCAUUCAAGCUGGGGACUUCACGUCCCCUCAGGGCUUUCCAGAGGAUGCUCAGCCUAAUUUUGGCCACUUCCUCUGUGAUUCCUCUGGGCCUGCUUCACAUGCGGCCCCUCCUGUAUUGGCUCAAGGUCCAUGUCUCGUCCCACGCUUGGGCGCCUGGGACUUUUUCAUCUCAGGAUGGCUCAACGCCUUCUUUCCUGGUGGCCCCACUCUGGAGGAAUCAGACGUGGUUCCCCAAGUUGAUUCAGCUGCUAUCGGCAGCCCCUGGCAGAUACCACUGAGGAAGGACCUCCUCUCACAACUCAGUCUCAGCCGCCAUUCUCGAGAGUACCGCUACGCAUGUCAUGGUCUCAACAAAGGAAGUUGUUACCGAAUCAAUCAUUUCCCAGAUGACAAUGAUUAUGACACUGACAGCUCUGAAUAUCUCUUACGUGUUGUGCGCGCCUCCAGUGUGUUCCCCAUCCUCAGUACCAUUCUGCUGUUGCUGGGGGCGCUGUGUGUCGGUGUAGGACGCAUCUACAGCAAGAGGAACAACAUAUUACUCAGCGCAGGGAUACUAUUUGUGGCAGCAGGUUUGAGCAACAUUAUCGGUAUAAUCGUCUACAUCUCCAGUAAUGCUGGUGACCCCAGUGACAAACGAGACGAAGACAAGAAGAACCAGUACAACUAUGGUUGGUCAUUCUACUUUGGAGCACUCUCUUUCAUUGUUGCUGAGGCGGUGGCUGUUAUGGCUGUCAGUAUCUACAUUGAGAAGAACAAAGAAGUGCAGUUCAAAGCACGCCGUGAGUUCAUCAAGUCUACCUCGUCCUCUUCGCCGUAUUCUCGCAUACCCAGCUUUCGCUACCGUCGACGGCACUCUCGCUCCAGCUCUCGCUCAACGGAAGCAUCCCGUGAGGCAUCACCAGUGGGUAUGAAGAUGAUGAGCUCGGUUCCCAUAGGAGAGAUCAACAUGUACACAUUGACAAGAGACCCUCUCAAGUCAGGGACAGACAGCUCCUAUAGCCCAGAGCACGAUUCAGGAUUCCUCCAAGUGCACAACUGCUUUCCCAAAGACCUUAAUGAUGGUAUCAACAGGAGGACAACACCUGUAUGAGGUCACACUGGAACGAAAGAGAUAAAGUUAAGGCCAUACUGAAUGGAUAGCCAUCAGUGCUCAGUGGCCUGUGGCAGAUGCCAGUGGAAGGGAUUCUUAUUCGUGAAGCCAGUCAACCAAUGACGGUGAAGGAGAAGCACUGUGUUAAGAGGGAAAGAUUUCAUCUCGACAUUCAACAACCAUUGCGAACACGCUAAUUUGUUUUUCUUCUUGUGUUGCUCCUCACAUAUAAACAGGAACUCUCAGAGAGACCCAUCUCACAUCAAAGGGCAAGACAUGCAAAUGUAAAAUGGAUGGUCUUUGGCAGUGCUUCAGAUAUUAAGGACUUAAAGUAAGCCAGUCCAUUCCCUUGGUUGAUAAAUAUAUUUGUGUUUGUCAGUACAGUGCCAUACUCUCAAUGUAUACCAAUGUGAUAAUGACUCUCACAGUAUGAGAGGGUGCUAACGUAGGCUCACAGCUGAAGCCUUCCCAUUAUUGUGUGUUCAGUACAGACUCGAGCUGAAUACUGAACGCCCUUGUUCGUGUUAUAUGUUUGUUGCCACAGUUGUCUAACCCUAUUCAGUGUGCCUAUCAUCUUGGCAGUGUCAACUGCUCAGACUUUUUCUGGAGCCACUCCAGUUUCCUCUGUUUUCAUUGUUGUACAACUAGAAAUAUCAGUUGAAUUACUAAAUAAUCACUGGGAAAAUUUAGUUUAGUAGAUUUAUGACUACUAAUUGUGUAUAAACACCCUGCUGAAAAGACCAGCUUGGAUUUUCAUGAUGUUCUCACUGGUUUGUUCUGGUCUGGUGCUUUCUUAACUGGCGAACCUGCUUAGACAUGCCGUUCAUCAGUAAAACUUGACCAAGGAAGUCUAGCUGGUUACAGUCAGCAUGAAAUAUCAUUUGCAACCCAUUUUAUUUUUGUCAUAUAACGUAUUUCUGAGUGAA